CGCGGGGCCUGUGGCGGCGGCGGGGCCGGGCCGGGCGGCCGCGCUUCAACACCGGCGCAGACUAAAAGUAUCAGACUACUAUCCUGACUCAUGACAAUCCUGGCCGUCGGUCUGAUACAGAACCAUCAUGAAAAUGUUUACUUUGAUGCCAGGAACCCAACUUCACUAGGAACUCACCCUCCAACUGCUUGAAGACACCUGUCCUUGGUUGAAUACUGGGACUCAAUAGACAAUGGGCACUGCAUAUUAAGCAGGGGUGGAAGACUGAAGCCCAUCUGGGGACAGAAUGAGUUUAAAAGAUGCUGACAGUGCAGUUUGCCAGGCAAAGGCAGCCUAUAAUCUUCAUAUUUACCCCCAACUAUCAACAGAAAACGCUCCCUGCUGCAAAGUGACAGCAACCAAGGACAGUACGUCAUCAGAUGUCAUCAAGGAUGUGAUUAACAUCUUAAACUUGGAUGUCUCCAAACAUUAUGUGCUGGUGGAGGUGAAAGAAUCAGGUGGAGAAGAAUGGGUACUUGACAUAAACGAUUCUCCUGUGCACAGGGUUUUGCUUUGGCCGCGGCGCGCUCAGGACGAGCACCCUCAGAAGGAUGGGUACUACUUCCUGCUGCAGGAGAGGAACACUGAUGGCUCCAUCAAGUAUGUGCAGAUGCAGCUGCUCUCCAAGGAGACAGAUGCCCGGCGCUUGGUGGAGAGGGGUUUUCUGCCCUGGCACCAGGAGGACUUUGAUGACCUUUGCAAUCUGCCCAACCUGACCGAGACAACGCUCCUGGAGAAUCUCAAGUGCCGCUUCCUGAAGCACAGAAUCUACACUUAUGCAGGAAGUAUCCUGAUUGCAAUUAACCCCUUCAAGUUCCUGCCCAUUUAUAACCCCAAGUAUGUCAAGAUGUAUGAGAACCAUCAGCUUGGGAAGCUGGAGCCUCAUAUUUUUGCCAUUGCUGAUGUGGCCUAUCACACAAUGCUUAAAAAACAUGUUAAUCAGUGCAUCGUUAUAUCAGGUGAAAGUGGGUCUGGGAAAACCCAAAGCACAAACUUCCUAAUUCACUGCCUCACAGCACUGAGCCAGAAAGGGUACGCCAGUGGUGUGGAGAGAACCAUUCUGGGAGCUGGACCAGUUCUGGAGGCAUUUGGAAAUGCAAAAACAGCACAUAACAAUAACUCCAGUCGUUUUGGGAAGUUCAUUCAAGUCAACUAUUUAGAGAAUGGGAUUGUCAGGGGGGCUGUGGUUGAAAAAUACCUGCUUGAAAAAUCUCGUCUGGUUUCUCAAGAAAAAGAUGAAAGGAACUACCAUGUGUUUUAUUAUUUGCUGCUUGGAGUCAAUGAGGAAGAGCGUAAAGAAUUUCACCUCAAGCAACCUGAAGAUUAUUUCUACCUCAACCAGCAUAACUUGAAAAUUGAAGAUGGGGAAGAUCUCCGACAUGAAUUCGAGAGAUUGAAGCAAGCCAUGGAGAUGGUUGGCUUCCUUUCAGCAACAAAGAAACAGAUCUUUUCAAUACUUUCAGCUAUUCUGUAUUUGGGCAAUGUCACAUACAAGAAGAAAGCCACAGGCCGGGAUGAAGGGUUGGACGUGGGACCUCCUGAAGUGUUGGACAUUCUUUCCCAGCUGUUGAAAGUUAAACGGGAAAUCCUGGUAGAAGUGCUAACAAAAAGAAAAACUGUGACUGCUAAUGAUAAGCUUAUUUUGCCAUAUAGUCUCAAUGAGGCAAUAACAGCUCGUGAUUCCAUGGCCAAGUCCUUGUACAGUGCUCUGUUUGACUGGAUUGUUCUGAGAAUCAAUCAUGCACUCCUCAACAAGAAGGACAUGGAGGAAUCUGUUACAUGUCUGUCCAUUGGUGUACUUGAUAUUUUUGGAUUUGAAGAUUUUGAAACCAACAGUUUUGAGCAGUUCUGUAUAAAUUAUGCAAAUGAGCAACUUCAGUAUUAUUUCAAUCAGCACAUUUUCAAAUUGGAGCAGGAGGAAUAUAAGAGUGAAGGGAUCACUUGGCACAAUAUUGACUAUACUGAUAAUGUGGCCUGCAUUCACUUAAUCAGCAAGAAGCCCACUGGCCUCUUUUAUCUUCUGGAUGAAGAAAGCAAUUUUCCACAUGCCACCAACCAAACUCUGCUGGCAAAAUUCAAACAGCAGCAUGAGGAGAACAAGUUUUUUGUUGGAACCCCAGUGAUGGAGCCUGCUUUUAUCAUUCGCCACUUUGCUGGCAAAGUGAAAUACCAGAUCAAAGAUUUCAGGGAGAAGAACAUGGAUUACAUGAGACCUGACAUCGUGGCUCUGCUGCGCAGCAGCGACAGCGCCUUCGUGCGGGAGCUGAUCGGGAUGGACCCGGUGGCCGUGUUCCGCUGGGCCGUGCUGCGCGCCGCCAUCCGCGCCAUGGCCGUGUUCGCCCAGGCCGGCCGCGAGCGGGCACAGAAAACUGCAGGAGUGAUCCGUCAAGGACCCAGAGUUCCCCUUGGAGAACUCCAGAGAUCCAAUACCCCGGUAGAAAAAGUUUAUCGCCUCUCAGUGCUCGAUUUCUCAUUUGAUUGUUCUGAGGAUUUCGAUAUAAAUGCUUUUCAAGACAUCAUUUCUUUUUGUGAGAACAAGAAAGACAUGCAUGAACAAAUCAUCGCCAGUAUUAAAGGACUGCCCUGGCAGGGUGAUGAUCCCUGUGAGCUGCUUCGGUCCCUCAGUCAGCUUCAACACCGCUCCCACCUCCUGAAAAGUAAGGGUGUCAAGCAAAAGCAGAUCAUUCCCAAGAACUUGCUGGAUUCCAAAUCUCUGAAGCUCAUCAUGAGCAUGACUCUGCAUGAUCGGACUACAAAGUCCCUUUUGCACUUGCACAAGAAGAAGAAACCCCCAAGUAUAAGUGCCCAGUUCCAGACUUCACUUAACAAGUUGCUGGAGACCCUGGGCAGAGCUGAGCCAUUCUUCAUCCGCUGCAUCCGCUCCAAUGCAGAGAAGAAGGAGAUGCUCUUUGAUGAGAGCUUGGUGCUGCAGCAGUUACGGUACACGGGCAUGCUGGAAACUGUGCGGAUCAGGAGGUCUGGCUACAGUGCCAAAUACACAUUCCAGGAAUUCAUCGACCAGUUUCAGGUGUUACUGCCCAAAAAUGCCAAAGCCUCCAAGGAAGACAUUUGUGCUUAUUUAAACAAACUAAAACUGAAUGAAAACUACUAUCAAAUAGGGAAGACCAAGGUUUUCAUGAAAGAGGCUGAACGGCAGAUACUACAGGAUACACUACACAAAGAAGUGAUCAGGAAAAUCAUCCUCCUUCAGAGCUGGCUCAGGAUGGUUUUGGAGAGGAGACGCUUUCUCAGGAUGCGGCAGGCCGCCGUUGUUUUACAGGCGUGCUGGCGCUCCCGCUGUGUCAGGAUGGCUCUGCAGAGGAACAACGCUGCCAUCGAGAUCCAGGCAGCCUGGAGGCGCCACCGGCAGCGGAAACACUUCCUGCAGCUCAGGAGGAGACUUUGUCUCCUGCAGGCCCUGGUCAGGGGGCACCUGCAGCGUAAGAGAUACCAGAAAAUGGUUCUAGAAAGGCAGAAAGCUGAAGAAGAGCAGAGAGAAAUGCAGGGAGAUGAAGACAAAGAGCAAGAUACGAGCAAGACAUACAACACAGAUGAAGAUAAGAGCAAGGAUGAGCAGAGUGAGCAAGCAACAGAUGAGCUGCCUGUGAAACACAAGUCAGAGACAGAUCAAGCUGUUGAAGAUAAAGAUCAGGCUCAGAAUGAACAAGCUGAAAACCUGAGCUCAUCUGAAAAAGCCACGUUACCCCAGAAGCACACGGUGGAGGGCUCGGAGAGAGCGACCAACAGCCGGGAGAAGCGGGAGUCCCGUCGGCAGAGGGGGCUGGAACACAAUGACUUGCAGAACAAGCAUGUGCUCCUGUCCUUUGAAGGACCAUCUGCAUUGUGCCACGAGGAGCAAACUGUUUCUGAAGAGGUCCUAGAAACUGCUCCAGAGGCAGAGAAAUCCACAGCACAAGAAGAAAAUGUCCUUCAGGAAAGCAGAGAGGGAGAGAAAAGUCCAAGUGAAGAAAAAACUCUUUCAGACACUCCACCAUCAAGUGAGAUAAAAGAAAGUGAUUCUGUUCCUGAGCAACCCCGUGGAUCAGAUGCAGAGGACACGGCAGCUGAUAGAACGAAAACACAACGGAAUCAAAAUAACCAAAUAAAAGUCAGCCAAAGCUUCACCUGCCCUGAAAGGCCAACAGAUCUUGCACUGAAAGUUCGUAACAAACUGUCUGCUAGUGGCAGCUUCCAGGGCCCUGCUGACUGCCUGGCAGAUAGAAACAGGCGGCAGAGGGCAACCAAAGACCUGGACAGCCCCACUUCUGCAAUCCAGAGAUACGUGGAUGACCCAGAGAAGCUGAAGUACAAGAGAGAGAAGUGGAAAGGAAAGAGGCAGUCUGAUGCUGGCCAGAAUGAUGUGCUGAGUCAGUCUCUGGAUGGAAGGAUACGUGUGGAUAAGUCUCCUCAGGAGCAGCUAGAGAAGAAGGAGAGUUCAGCUUCAUUAAGUGACCUCUCAACACUGGCCCAGACUGUUGCUAUGAACCAGCAGUCACCAGAUCCAAUUGAAGAAGAAAAAGGCAACAAGAAAUGCCCUGUGCAGAAGAAGCCCAGUGACCACUUCCCUACCUCGGACACGGCCGUUCCCGUGCAGCCAGCGAGUCAGCAAGCGGAUGCCAGGUCUGCUUUCAAAAGCCCUUUACGUAGACUUUUGGGGAAAAAGCCAGACAAGAAAAUUGCAAAGGAGAGUUCUGAUGUGAUUGAGGAAGGAGACGGCCUCUCCCUGGUGUCUUGUGUCCUCUUUACAGACACAGGAGGAACCCAGAAACUUUCAGAAGGUUCCUCGGGGCAGCCAGGCCGCCCCCAGGCUGGGAAGGAGAGCAGCAAAGCCAAGAAGAACAGAACCAUAAAGAUCAGCAAGAUCUCGAGCGUGUCCCAGAACUGGCGCGCGUCCAUGGUCCGGGAGAUUGCCAACGCCAACGAGCUGAAACACCUGGAUGAGUUCCUCCUGAACAAGAUCAAUGACUUGCGCUCCCAGAAGUCUGGUGUUGAAUGUUUGUUUUUUGAAGCCACAGAGAAAUUCAGAGGAAACAUCAAGACCAUGUACUCUGCUCCUAAUGGACAAAUUCAUGUUGGCUAUAAAGAUCUGGUGGAAAAUUACCAGCUCCUAGUUACAAACCUGGCCAAAAAAAGGGAAGAGAAAGAAGUCAAACUGGUUUUGAAUCUCUUUCUAUCCCUUCUGGAUGAAUUCAUCAGAGGAUAUACAAAGAAAGAGGAAUCUGAGCAGCCCAAGCAAACCAAAGCCCAGAAGAAGAAACGGAAGCAAGAUCGUGCAAUUGAAGAGCACAAUGGCCACGUGUUCACAAAUUACCAAGUGAGCAUCCGGCAGUCGUGUGAGCACUGCUGCUCCUACAUCUGGCCCAUGGAGAAAGCCUGUCUGUGCAGUGUUUGCAAGCUGACUUGUCACAAGAAGUGCAUGUCCAAAAUCCAGAGCAGCUGUACCUCUUGUGGGAAAAAGGGCGAGCAGGACACGGAGGCCCUGCGGGGACACUUUGGGGUGAGUGUGAGUGCCCUGACCAGCGAGAGGAACUCAGUGCCCGUGGUCAUGGAGAAGCUGCUGGAGUACGUGGAGAUGCACGGGCUCUACACGGAAGGCAUCUACAGGAAAUCAGGAUCAGCAAAUCGGAUGAAGGAGCUGAAGCAGUUGCUGCAAGAAGACCCAAACUCGGUGAAACUGGAGAAUUUCCCUAUUCACACCAUCACAGGGAUCCUUAAGCAGUGGCUGAGGGAAUUGCCAGACCCACUGAUGACCUCAGCACAGUACAAUGAUUUUCUCAGAGCUGUAGAACUGCCAGAGAAACAGGAGCAACUCUGUGCCAUUUACAGUGUCCUGGAGCAGCUCCCACAAGCAAAUCAUAAUACCUUGGAACGACUCAUCUUCCAUCUUGUCAAAGUGGCUUUGAUAGAAGAUGUGAACCGCAUGUCCCCCAACGCCUUGGCCAUCGUGUUUGCUCCGUGCCUCUUGCGCUGUCCUGAUACCUCCGACCCCUUGACCAGCAUGAAGGAUGUCUCAAAAACAACCAUGUGUGUAGAGAUGCUGAUAAAGGAGCAGAUAAGGAAGUACAAGAUAAAAAUGGAAGAAAUCAAUCAGCUGGAAGCAGCAGAGAGCUUUGCUUUCCGACGGCUCUCGUUGCUUCGGCAGAACACGCUCUGGCCUAUAAAACUUGGGUUCUCUUCCCCUUACGAGGGGAAGCUGAGUAAAAGCUCUCAGGUCAAAGGAAGUGACAGUGGCACCUCAGAGCUGGACUCUGUGCACGAAGAGGAGGACGUUUCUGAUGCCAACAACCGGGAGAAGGAGAUUCUCAUUGAUCGCAUACAGUCAAUAAAAGAAGAAAAGGAGGACAUCACCUACCGCUUACCUGAGCUCGACCAGCGAGGCUCUGACGAGGAAAACGUGGACUCGGAGACCUCUGCGAGCACAGAGAGCCUGCUGGAGGACAAACCAGGCCGGGUGGAUACCGAAGCAAUUAUUGGAUUACACUGCUGUGCUCAGAGCUCCAGCGUGCCUGCCAAAGACAUUUGCAAAGUGCCUUCUCUCCCGCAAACCUCUUCAGAUUCUUACUCUGCACCCCUGGCUUCAAGGCGCAGAUACUCCUUAACACUGUCCAAGAUUAAAGUGCCCCGUCGAACUCCAGUGAUGCCAACAGCAAACAUAAAACUUCCUCCCGGGAUGUUCAAAUGUACAGAAUCCCAGGACGAGGCUUUCGCUAAGGAAGAGUGUCAGAGGGUGCAGCGGAGGGAGCAGCCAGCCAGGCGGACUGACAGCAUCCACUCGGUGUACAUUGCACAAGGGUCUGCACUGGCCCACGCUCAGGAACUCGGGGAUGAAUACGAGCCCACAGCAAAACUCAAACGCAGGUUCUCGGACCCUUACUCUCACAUUCCCUGUGUGGAGAAGUGAAAUUCUUCAGCGCUCUGGACUCUUCUUGAAGUCGACCACAGCUUUGGCUUUAACCCUUUGAAGGCUGUGAGCUUGUUCAUGGUCUUUUAAGUGGCUGCGGGGAAGGCAGCCCAGAAAUGUACAGUACUGUAAGGGUUAAGCAAGGUUGUUGAAAGCAAAUAUUCUCCACUUUAAAUUAAAACCUUGCAAAGAAAGUAAAGCCUCAUGUUGAAUAAAGUACAUGGAUUGAGUGUACAGGAACCAGGCCCCCCCCAUUCCGCUGCUGUGCCUUUUCCAUUUGCCUUACAAUGGACUCUCACGGGACCAACAGUCAGUUUAGGUCAAUGUGUGUUGCCUUAAUGUUUUGUAUGAUUUUAUGACAAUUUUCUCUAUGGUUUACAGAACUGUUAAUGUGGUAAUAGCCUUAACUGAGACCAACAUGUAUAAAACGUUUAUUAAAACAUUGCACUUUUGAAAAAUA